GUGGGUAAUUUUUUCCCAACUAGUUCGCACGUAAGUCGUGCAAUAUAACAGGACUUGGACAAAUGGAAAGUUCGCACCUGCGCAGUGGCUGGCAAACAUGUUUGGCGAGAAAAGGAUUCGCACCACCGCCUUAAGUAUUUAAAUAAAUAGUAUGUAUGGAGGACCUCAAAAGAUCACUGAGGAUGCCUCUGUUUGGAAACUUAUUCAGUCCGAAAAAAACUCCUCCACGCAAAUCCGCCUCCUUGUCCAGCCUUCACACGUUGGAUCGCUCAACCAGAGAAAUAGAGCUGGGCCUUGAGUAUGGACUCCCUGCGAUGAACAUUGGAGAUCAGGUCUUGAAAUUUGAAGAGGGACAGUGGAUCACAGAAUCUGGUGGAAAUGCAUCUAGUAGGGAAGUGCAGCGGCUUAAGAAAAAAAACGUCCAGCUGGAGGAGGAGAAUAACCUACUAAAACUAAAGAUUGAACUUCUCCUGGAUAUGCUGACAGAGACUACCGUAGAGUAUCACUUGAUGGAGAAAGAAGUGGAAGAAAGAAAGAUUCAACAUCGAAGGAAAAAAUGACAGAUCUAAUCUAGUGCUUCCAUUGUAUGAAGCCUUUUUUUUUUCAAUUAAAUAAUUUUGUUUUCAGAUAGUUGUAGGUUGAUGUAAAAAGAUAACAGGAUAAACGAUAUCAUACAUUUUCCUCACAAUGAGGACUCUUGUGUCUUAUGUUUCAUUCCUUAAAUAGCACCUACUGUAUGUGUUCCAGUUUGAAUUUGUUGAAUUAUUUCACCAUCUGUAUGACACACAAAACCUGAUGGUUAAUUAUUAUUUUUCUGUUUUGUAUCAGAUUAAAAGUAAAUCACAUCUCUGAAAA